UCAAAGCUUUGACCAGUUGGCUCAUUAGCAGUGGAGUGGACUCGCUUUUAUAGCAGCUCUCUCUCUCCACAACAUCAACAAUGCAACUCUCUCUCUCUCUCUCUGAAACCACGCAGCAGAGAGCGGGACCAGCCGUCCGUCUCAGUUUAUCUCACGGACUGUGUCUGCAAUGCGUUAUCGCUCUCCCCAAAGAUUACACAGCUUUCCGAACGAAUUCGUGACCGACUCGACGGAGCAGCGCUGAUUUUCCUCCGUAAGUCAGACCUUCAGCGGGCAAACUGCAGGAGUGAGGUUUUAAUUCACAACUCUGGGCUCAAUCUCUGCUCCGAGUGCAGGAAGAGCCAGACGGAUCAUAAACAGCUUGCUGCUGGGAUUAUUCUGUAUUUUACACCGGCUGCUGGAGCUCACCCUGCUGUGGCCAUGAGUGCGUGCAGCAGGAAGGCCCUGACUUUGCUGAGCAGUGUCUUUGCAAUCAGUGGCCUGGGGCUGCUGGGAGUGGCAGUGAGCACCGACUACUGGCUCUACCUGGAGGAGGGAGUCAUUAUGCCUCUGAACCAGAGCACUGACAUCAAGACCUCGCUGCACUCUGGCCUCUGGAGAGUCUGCUUUCUGGCUGGUGAUGAGUCAGGUCGCUGCUUCACCAUCGAGUACAUCAUGCCAAUGAAUGUCCAGCUGACGUCAGAGUCCACAGUGAACGUGCUCAAGAUGAUCCGCUCAGCCACUCCGUUCCCUCUGGUCAGCCUCUUCUUCAUGUUCAUCGGUUUUGUCCUCAACAACAUCGGCCACGUCCGCCCUCACCGCACCAUCCUGGCAUUUGUCUCUGGAAUCUUCUUUAUCCUCUCAGGUCUGGCUCUGGUGGUGGGUCUGGUGCUGUACAUUUCCAGUAUAAAUGAUGAAAUGCUGAACAGGACGAAGAGCAGUGAGGCCUAUUUUUCCUAUAAGUACGGCUGGUCCUUUGCCUUUGCUGCCCUCUCCUUCCUGCUCACUGAGAGCGCCGGCGUCAUGUCGGUCUACCUGUUCAUGAAGCGCUACGCAGCAGAGGAGCUGUACCAGCCCCGUCAUCCCAGCUUCUACCGUCCUCGCCUCAGCAACUGCUCCGACCACUCUGGUCAGUUCCUCCACCCGGAGGCCUGGUCACGCGGACGGAGCCCCUCGGACAUCUCGAGUGAAGCUUCCCUUCAGAUGAGUACCAGCUACCCUGCUCUCCUGAAAUGUCCUGACUAUGAUCAGGUGUCCUCUUCGCCCUGCUGAGGGGCAGUUAGUAACCUACCAGUUACUAAAGAGUCACUGAGGCAUUGACAAAAGGCCAGAGUUUAAGAUACAAGGUUGAUAUUUAACUGUGAGUUUGCACCAUUACGACCGUGGUCAAGGGAUUUGGAUACCAGUCAUUUUCAGCAAGUUGUUGUUUGUUUUUCUUUUUUUUAUCAGGUCAGGAAAGAUUUUGGGGAGUUUGUUGUUGUAGCCGACACGACUGCAAAAUUUGCAGAUUUUAGAAGAAACAAUACAUGGUCAUUGUGCCACUGCUUCUGCAAAGAUCUCAAAAACAUUUAAAUAAUUUUUUAUUUUCAUGUUCAGAAGGUCAAGUAUGGAUUACUUUGAACUGUAUGUUUACUGUACCUGUGCUUUUUACUUUCCAGUGCCUCACAGCUGUUUCUUUGCUUCCUUUUGUGAUUUAAAUGAGUGUGUCAUGUUUUAGGACCUUCUUGUGCAGGAUUUUUAACUGUGCUAGUAUAGAUCAUAUCAGUGCAAUAACAAUAAUAUCAGAAGGCACAAUAAUAUCUGUGUUUGAUGUUUCAUUGGAUGUGCAGUUUCAAAAGCACACAUUUUGCUCAGAACUUGCUCAUGAUCACAAUCAGCAAUACGUCUGCAAUCAGAGCCAAAUGUAAAAAAAGAGUAGAAUGUAAAAUGUGUCUGGUCUUUUGCAGUUUGUAUUUCUACAGAGUUUCAUUUACCUCACAUUUGUGUUAAACUAUGAGCAUGUUAUUGGUUACUGUUUGCUUCAAAAAACACUUGGCUGCCUUUAUUGUCUCAUCAAAAACAAGCCAGUAAAACUACCUACCCACCUACUACAUGUGAGGCUCCGUCUCACAAAACCCUACAGACAAAGGCUGUUGUGCAGUUGAAGGGCAGUUCAUUCAGAUGUGGUUCUAAAUCUAACAUGAAGUCAUAGAUACUUGUUUUAUAAUCACUGGUUUUUGUUUAUAUUUUUUACAUAUAUAUAUAUAAUAUGUCCAGAUUACAUGAAUUCAUGAUGUUGUUCCUGGUGGAGCUGCUAAGAGAUCUUUGUUAAAAGGGUGUUGCAUCUGUAAAAUAAAUGUCUGCCAUCCAGCUUUUUUUUUUAAGCACUUCACGUUUUACAGACUGCUGUGAUUCCAUAUUUAUCCACUGGGAGGCAGUGUUUGUCCUUUUGUUUCCUCAGCUCAUUUUUAACAGUGUGCAAAUCUGCAAAAACAAAACCUGAAGUAACCUUUGUUAUUUACGCACACUUAAAAUCUGAAAUACAAACACUGACUACCUAAGCUUACGCAGUGAGUCAGUCUUUGUCAUUUACAGUACUGUGCAAAAGUCUUGAGCCACCCCUGAAUUCUUUAAAAAUAAUUUGCUUCUAAGCCUUCUGAACGUCUUUCAGCAUUUUCUUUGGACGUCGGCUGCUUUUUCACUCAUUGUCAGUUCAUUUCCUGAUCGUUUUCUGAUGAUUUAUUUUUGUUAAGUCACUUAACACUGACCGAAAAAGGCACCAAACUCAACGGAUGAACACUUGAGUUAGGUGGGCUGUAUUACUAACAGCCUUUAAUAAAAACACACCCUUUUCCUAUUUCUCUAGUCAAUGCAGUUAUGCACCAACAAGGUGACUCCCAAAACGACUGAGAGGAGGGCAUAUUUCAGCAUGGUGGGAUUUCAAAUCUACCUACAGCAGAUUAACAGUAUCUGAAAGGCAUGUUCUAUGAAAUAGGAAAUCAAAAUUGGUCCCAGUGGAUGGAUGACUGUCAAACAGGUUUUUUCCCCGAGGUACGAAAUUAGAGUAACAUUAUUGAAGCAGUGUGGGAUCAUCUUGAUGUAGGACAAAACAAAGAAGAGCUUUGAAUGUCCUUCAAGAAGCCUGGAGAACUAUUCCUGAAGACUACUUAUAGAAAUGACAAGAAAGUUUGCGUAACAGACUUCAGGUUGGUUAGAAAAUAAAGGUGGUCGUACCAAAUAUUGACUUUAGGCUUGUUAGAAUUGUACACACUCUGUUUUUGCCUUUUAGACUGUAUUUUCACGUGUGAUGGUGCAUGUUUCAAUAAAUCGCUGCACCUAUGUCACAUUUUCCCUGCAAAAUAUAGAGAAAUAAGCGGCAGCUCAAGCCUGCUGCACAGUACUGUAACUGUGAUGUCUCGCUCUGCUUUUCUAAUAAACUGUGUUAAACCAAGUGUGUCCAUCAUUAUGCUACCUCCUAAAUACAAGUUAUAGCCACAGUUUUCCAAACCUGUCUUAUAGUACAAAAGCACAAUAACAACAAUAUAGCAUUAACUAUUUUUGACUGUCCGAUUACUUUUGAGCCUGUGAAAGUAGGGAACUGUGUAUAAAAUGGACUGUAAUUCCCAAACAGUUAAUGCUGCACAAACACACAGUAUUGCUUAUGUGAUUUAAGUAUCACAGACAUUUUCAGCAUUAGCUCUCAUUUCCAUUAAGUCAUUUUUAGUAUAAUAACAUUAUGCUGCCAUGCUUUUGAACUGGACUGUUUGUUUUGCACAUUAACACAAUUUGCACACACAGUUUUCCCUCCUUAAAACAUACCCACAUACAAAGUUGUCAUUGUUACAGGCGCUGGAAGUACACAGGUGGGUCAAAUUUGAUUAUGAGAGCUCCAAAAUGUGGGAAUAAAAGGCAUCGACUUAAAUGAUGAGAUGUGCUGUUACAUAAGGAGAGCAUCAACCCAGCAGCAGGACCAGCAUCUGCUCUGCCAGAGUCCUGUAAGAUUAUCUCCAGUGGGCUACUGAGGGGCAUCUUUCUGACCAAACUAUCAGAAUCAGACUCCAUGAGGGUGGCAUGGGGGCCUGCUAUACUUCAGUGCGACUUGUGCUCGCAGCCGAGCACCAUGCAGCUUGACAGCCAGCACACCAGAACAGACACAUCUGCCACUGAUGGUCCACUCGCUUCAUAGACUCAGUGGCAAGAGUGUGCAGGCAUUUCCUUGAUGAAGGAGGUACUAAUGCCUCAGGAA